AUACUUUCACAAUUCGUCUUGAUCUUCUUCAGCAGCAAGCCUACCGUGACCUUCCGCCAACAAUAUGUCUGCAAUGCGUGAGAUCGCCUGCGUAGGGAAGAUGGAGCCCAAAGCAUCGGGCUUGCCAUGUUCCCUGGCCUCGUCACCCGAGGUUGACAGCAAGCAUGGAGUGCGUGACAUUCUGGAGCUUCACACAAGCCCGAAAGAGCUUGGCAACAUCGAAGUGAAGCAGCUCUCCUCCGCGCAGGCAGACAGGAUCCAUCACCUGUUGUCACCUGUUGUCCUGGAUCCACUGGUGGAAUCAUUGGUGGAUCGGAUAACGAUGGAUAUGGCCAUCAACAACAUCAGGUCACAAGGCACCAGCGGCCAAGGGACGCAGGGGAGUGAGCUCGUUGUGGAGGGCAACUUAGAGCUCUCUUUUGACUUGGCAGAGAAGAUUGUAAAGGAUCUCCUCCUGCAGUGUCUGGGGAUCCCCCUCCCUUCGUCAGGGCCAGCUGCCAAAAUAUCUGUGGGUCACGGAAGAGAAAUGGCCGUGUCAACAGAGGCCAUCAAGAAAGAGUCAGCCAACACCAGGGACUCUGCUGCGGAAGACAGCACCACGAGCACAGCCAGAAAUUCAAUAUCCAACAUCUUCAGAAGAACGAUCAGCAAAUGGCGGAAAAAAAGUUCUAAGGUGGGCCCAGCUCUGUCAAAAAAGACAUGAGCGCCUUCAGGUGUGUAAAAAUCUGUCCUACAGUUGAGACUUGAGCUCCUGUAGCACCUUAGAAAUCCGCCGAACAGCUGAGACAUGCGCUCCUGUAGAGUUUUACAAAUGUGCUCUACAGUCGAGACAUGCGUUCCUGGAGAACUUCAGAAAUUGGCCUAAUUGAGACGUGCGCUCUUGUAGAGUGUUAUAAAUCUGCUCUACAGUCGAGACAUGAGCUCCUGGAGAACUUGGAAAUGUUUGAAUUGAUGUUCGUGCGUGCACACUGUAAAUAAAAAACCUCAAAGUAACCAGAUGGAGACAUACAGUAGUUGUAAUAGUUUUCUCAGUUGCUUUUGGUGCAUUUCUCAGAUCAUCAUUAACGUUUUCACAACAGUGUAUUUCUGAAAACAAUCAGUGCAAACUUCAUGUUCAGUGGAUUACCUACAAAAUAACAAACACAUGAUUGUGUGUGGAGGGGGUUGAUGCAAGAGAGUGGAUAUGUUUGAAAGUUUUUACUGUUGACAGACAUUGUGACAGUAUGAAGAGAACAUAGGCUUUUACAGUACAGCAUUGUGUAAAUGAAAAAUGAGAGUUGUUCCUGUCUGUCAGGAGACAUGUAGGCCUAUCGUAGACAGACUAUGACAGCUAGUUAUGACCGGUAGUUCAAUGCUUUUGGAUCUAAUGACUCAAGUGAUGAAAUAAGGCUAAUAUAUUUCAUGGGGUAGGACUAUUCAGCAUGAAGCUAGCAUAGUGCAUUUUGUACAAAAACAGUUCUUUGUUUGUACUGACAUAUUGCUGUUUGUUGAAGAUGGGGAGAAACUGUUUCAAUGGUGUGCAUUACUGAUGAUGUGAAGUGAUAAGAUUAUGGAGUUUGAACAACCAGCUUUGAGAAUUUAAAUUAUGAGCUGAGAAAUGUGCUAAAGUGACUUUGAAAAACUGUAGGCCUCAUGUAACAAGUGGCAAAAGCAAGAUGGCUGUCCCUAUAGCCCCAUAGUAAACAAACACUCGUUUGUCAGCCAACUAGCUUCAGGUGUAGAGUGUGAAAAACUCAUGUCUGUCAUUGGUAAACGAAGUGUGGGGAAGUGCUUUAUAUGCUGCAGAAAUCUGGAUGUAUGUCAACCUGUUUGGGGGACAAAGACGGCGUCAUCCACAGACGAGCGAGAGAGAACCGGAUGGUGAACCGACGAGUCAAAGUGGCCCCGGCAUUCUGCCAGAUAAGAUAUAAGCGUGCACACACACACACACACUCACACAAAUAUAAUUAGCUUACACUUACACAAUGUGCAUAUGUGUUUUGAGUCACAUGCGUGACUUAGUGUUAAGAAGCCCUCCCUCAAUAGCUUUGGCUGGGUUACUUUAGUAACCUGUAGUGAAUCCCCACUAUUUUGAGGAAUUGUUUGACUGAGCACUGACUAACCACCACUCUCCCAGUCCUCACAGCCAGCUGGAAAAAUUAAUAAUAAAUGUUUAACUGAAACCCGCCUAGUUCUUCCUCCAUUUUCCUAGCUGUGCCCCCGAGAGGCGGAAAGGAGCGUCCGCCACAUGAGGUUAUCGGAGGAUACGGAUCUGCGGAGGACCGACCUGCACCGCCCCCUGGUGGACACAGUGAGGCCCUGCUCUGCUUGCCCAGUCCCACCCCCAGUUUGCCCCUUGUGGAGACUGAAAUGGCCUGAAAAUCUCCCCCUGGAUUACGCGUUUUACUUUAAUGCACUACGAAGACUCUUCUACAGACUUUAUUUAAUAAAUAGCAUUAUUUUAACUCCA